UUGAUUCCUGUCUUUAAAAGUUAAAACAAUAUUUGAUUGGCAACCAAUGAGAGAAUCAAGUUAUUUCCCGAAAUAGUGUAAAACUGCAUAGUAUUCACUCUAUCCUGAUAACAAAAACACGGUCCAUGAUUUCAUAAAAUGCAUAACAAAAACACAUUCGACCCACUUUGAUUUAUUUCCACAAACAUAAAUUCCAAUUUUCAACAUUCAAACUAUUAUUAUUAUAUACAUAUUGAGACGCUGAUGAGAGAGAGAGAGAGAGAGAGAGAGAGGAGAGAAAGUGAGUCACAAGAACUACGACAUAAAAACGAACCCAAUUCAAUUCUCCUUUUAUCAGACCAAACACAAGGGGAGAGAGAGAGAAUAUUAAUGGGAGACGUACGGAGGAUCGUGGUGGUUGUAGAAGAUAAAGAAGCGGCGAGGACGGCGUUGCAAUGGGCACUCCAUAACCUCUUCCGUCAAGGUGACAUCAUAGUCCUCCUCCACGUAAUCUCUCCUCCGCCGCGCAAGAAGAAAUCGACAGCGGCGCGUCUCCUCCGACGCCACGGAUACCAUCUCGCCCUCUCUUUCCGAGAAAUCUGUGACGCUUUCUUCAACACGAAUACGGAGAUAAUAGUGAGAGAAGGCGACGAAGAUGGAAGAACCAUCGCUGAAGUGGUGAAAGAGCUUGGUGCUUCGAUGAUUCUCGUUGGUCUCCAUCAAAACAGCUUUCUUUACAGAUGGGCAAUGAGUGGGAUUGAUGUAACUAGAAACUUGGGCUGCAAAGUGAUGGCUAUAAAGCAGCCUUCGUCGGAAGAGUCGCCGCCGGGAAAAGUGAAGGGACGACGCAUGACCUCACAUACGACGGCGACAUCAGAUAGUUUAACUAACUUUGACUUUUCCCAAAUCGAAAUUUCUGGAUUACAGGUUCCUGAGAUUCGGACACCCAAAGUGCCAUACAGAUUAUGUCCGAGUCCUCGUGCGAUACUUUGGAGGACAAGACCACGGAGAUCUAAAGCUCGAUACGCUGUAGUUUCAUAGAAUGAUUUUAUUCCAAACAAUAGGAAAGAAACAAACCUCUACCCUCAAUUUUUGUGUCAAAGAAACAAACAAAUUUUACUCCAUACCAAAAAAUUAUUGUUUUUAACUAUGCAGACUCACUGGCUAGA